GAUCCAGUAUCAGUUAUCACUCUCGUCUGCCUGAUAUUUGUAUUCGUUUGCAUCGCCAAUUGAACACUAGUCGUGGAGACGAACCACACCACACAAAAAAAAAUUAAAAAAAUGAAAAUUCAUUUACCAUUUUCAUUUGUUGGAGGCUUUGUCCUUCUCGUUAUCGGAUGCUGUUUAUUGUCAGCGGAUGCGAGCCCCUCCGGUGCGCCGGAGGCGGCCUGCACGACGAUGACUCCGCAACACGGUGCCGACUGGCAAAAUUAUACGUGUCCAUUCGAAAUCAUCGUAGACAAGACGACAAUGUAUCCCAGUCAAACGCUCAACGUCCAUCUGGGCAUCAAAAGUGAUGUGGAUGUUAACGAUCCCGCAGCACGUGGAUUCAAAGGUUUCAUGGCCAUGGCGUUUGAUCCUAGCAGCUUCGAUGUUCAGCCACUAGGCACAUUCGACAACCUGGCAUCCACCGAGACAAAGACGAUGAACUGCCCUAGUCCGUUUCGAGAACCCAACACAGUCAAGCAAAACGUUGCCGCAACCCAUACCAAUAAAGGAUUUAAAAAGACGGUCGAUUUAGUCUGGAUGCCACCGGCCGAUUUCUUUGGACCCAUCAUUAUCGUAGUGACGUUCGUCCAUGAGAAGGAGAUUAUGUGGGUCAAAGAAAAUUCCGAAUUCAUCCAAGUUGUGUCCGAGCCAGAAACCAGCACAACGACGGAGACAACAUCGACGACUACAACAACACCGACGACUACAACAACACCGACGACUACAACAACGACCCAGCCACCGACGACGAUGGGAGCUGCGUCAUCUGCGAUCGAAUGGAACCUAUUGUUUUGUGUUGCCAUUAUGAGCCUCUUAGUUCGCAACCGGUUCUAGAAUUCCCCAAAAGUAUUCCACUUUAUACUUUAUUUUUAAAAAUGUAUAACGUGCGGAUGUCUAUUAUCACGAAAUAGCCGGAAGGAAGCCGGAAGGAAGAAACUAAAUACAAUUUGAAACGUCCACA